UUUAUCUGCGCGUGCGGGUGCUGCGUCGGCCCGGGGCUGCGCCGCGCCGCUCGGGUGUCUGCACUUGUGGAUGUGUUUCUGCGCGCGUUGGUGCGAACGCCCCGCGAGUGCCCUUGCGGCGUUGUAGCCGCCGCCAUAGCAACAGGUCGCUCGGUUCGCGAGGGGAGGACGGCGUGACUCGGUGAACAGGUAGUUGCGGGCGCAUAACCUCAAAUUUUCUGUGUGAGGUGUUUGCGGUUGAUCGAACUGGCAGUUUGGCGUGGUGGUUGUGUAACUGAAAUCAAGUGAAUGUGCAAAUAGUGUCUAGGAAUCAAUUACCAAUAGCAAGAUGCAGUUACUGCCGCAGCCGCUGGUGCGGGCGGGCGGACGCGCAGGGAGCGGGGGCGGGCGCGGCUUCCGUCUCGGCUGCUGUGCUGCUGAUGCUGCUUCCGCCGUCGGAGGACAGACCUCCACGAGGCGACCACCUCCACGAGGCGACCGCUACCACCGCGGCCUUGUCCACGAGAAUGAUGUGACGGUGUCAAUGAAGGAUCAUCGAGGCAGACAUUUGGAUGCAAAAGAUAAGCGCAGGCACUCUACGUCACGAGAAGAAGAGCCAACUUCCGACGUCCAACAAUGGACGGCUCGAAGAGGACGGUGUGUCUUGGCGGACGGCAGUGGAGGUGGCCAGCCAUCAGACCUCGAUCUUGUGCAUUGCGUGUGUAAUUCUUAAGUUAGGAUGAAGUGGCUAUAUGAUGGAGCCAGACUGAAAAGGGUUUCAGUUUCGUUGUGAUUGAAGGCAGCAGUGAAAAUGUGAAAACACAAUAUCGAUAAUAUUUCGUUAUAACUAAUCGUGAGUACCGUUGUUGGCUGUGCGCGUAGUUUCCUACUAGUUAUUGAAAGUGAAAGUUCUGUUCUACGCGACUACAAAAAGUGUUGGUGAAGGCGGCUAGGGGGGGUGGGAAAGGCCGCGCGAGGCAUGUGUCGAAGUGCUUGGUUUGGGAGCGCGGGGCGCGGCCAAAUCGGACACCGCGGCGCGCAUUGUUGCGGCGCGCAUCGGCGCCAGAGC